AUGGGCGAUGGGUGGCUGCCGCCCGACUGCGGCUCCCAAAACCGCUCCGUCGCCGGCGGCGGGGUGACGGGGGCGCCGCCCGGGAGCAGGCAGCUGCCCGCCGAGCUGCUGUCGCAGCAGUGGGCGGUGGGCAUGAGCCUGCUGAUGGCCCUGGUGGUGCUGCUCAUCGUGGCCGGUAACGUGCUGGUGAUCGCGGCCAUCGGGUGCACACAGCGGCUGCAGACCCUCACCAACCUCUUCAUCACCUCGCUGGCCUGCGCCGACCUGGUGAUGGGGCUGCUGGUGGUGCCCUUCGGGGCCACGCUGGUGGUGCGGGGCACCUGGCUCUGGGGAUCCUUCCUCUGUGAGUGCUGGACCUCCCUGGACGUGCUCUGCGUGACGGCCAGCAUCGAGACCUUGUGCGUCAUCGCCAUCGACCGCUACCUGGCCAUCACCUCGCCUUUCCGCUACCAGAGCCUCAUGACCAAGGGUCGGGCCAAGGGCAUCAUCUGCACCGUGUGGGCCAUCUCCGCCCUGGUCUCCUUCUUGCCCAUCAUGAUGCAUUGGUGGCGGGACGAGGACCCCCAGGCGCUGGAGUGCUACCAGGACCCGGGCUGCUGCGACUUCGUCACCAACAGGGCUUACGCCAUCGCCUCAUCCAUCAUUUCUUUCUACAUCCCUCUCCUCAUCAUGAUCUUUGUGUAUCUCCGGGUGUACAGAGAGGCUAAGGAGCAGAUCAGGAAGAUCGAUAGGUGCGAGGGCCGGUUCUACGGCAGCCGCGAACAGCCACAGCCGCCCCCACCCCCUCACCCUCACCACCAGCCCAUCCUCGGCAACGGCCGAGCCAGCAAGCGCAAGAGCUCCCGCAUCAUGGCCAUGAAGGAGCAGAAAGCCCUCAAGACUUUGGGCAUCAUCAUGGGGGUGUUCACGCUCUGCUGGCUCCCUUUCUUCCUGGUGAACAUCGUCAACGUCUUCAACAGGGACCUGGUGCCGGACUGGCUCUUCGUUUUCUUCAACUGGCUGGGCUACGCCAACUCCGCUUUCAACCCCAUCAUCUACUGCCGCAGCCCCGACUUCCGUAAGGCCUUCAAGAGGCUGCUCUGCUGCCCCCGGAAAGCUGACCGGCGGCUGCAUGCCAGCGGCGGGGAGCUGGCCCGACUGCCCGGGGGCUUCAUCAGCACCGUGGGCUCCCCCGAGCGCAGCCUGGGAGGGACCUGGUCCGACUGCAACGGGGGCACGCGGGGCGGCAGUGAGUCCAGCCUGGAGGAGAGAAAUAGCAAAACGUCCGAUUCGGAGUCCAAGGUAUAGGGGAGGGCGGGGGGCUGUGUCGGUCCCGGGGCAGUGGGAAAGGCAGGCAGGGAGACGACAGGAGCAGAGAAAUCCCCGGCAGCUGCCCGGUCGUGAAGCUAAUGCCAGGCAAACCUGAUCCCUGUCUUAGCGGGGAGAGAGUGGGUGUUUACUUAGGAAUAAAAGCAGGUGAACUCGUAUGCGACAUACCUCAUCCGAAACUACAGCAGACAGGAAAGCCACUGACCGGAGAACAAAGAAAAGAAACAGCCCGUCUCAAAGAUAGCCAGCUUGUAUUUAGGAGAAGCGCUUUCGGAGGGGGCUGCGGCAGCAGUGCCCUUCGCUCGGGUGAGUUGUCCCAGGACCGUGCUGGUGGUUGAACCUGAGCGUGGCGGUGCUGGCGUUUGGCCGCCGAGUUGGGCUGCAGCCGCGGUCCCAGACGUCCCCAGCCUCGCCCGGGGCUGUCAGACACCCCAGGUUUCAUUCCCUCACCCACAGCACCGGGCGGUUUUUGGGGAGGCACAGCGUCCGUGCUGCAGGUGCUCCGUGCGGAGAGUACGGACCCGCGGGCAAGAUGAGUUUUAAGCUCGGUGUAGCUGUGCUCGCUUCUUCCGCAGAGUAGCGAUGGAGAAAAAAGUGAGUAAUGAGGAGGACAGGUAUAUUUUGAAAGGGAAAAAAACCCCGACCCACACUCUUGUGCUUUUUCCCUCUGCAUCAGCAAGCAGUGAGUUACUGUGCUUAUCUCCUUCGGCCAGACAAUAGCAGUCAGGCUGAGAAACUUCUACCUCAAACUGUGCAUAUUGUACAGGGGAAUAAACUGACCGUGUUUAUAUUAAACAGCGUAUUUACAUACCACUAACAGUAUUUUAUGAAA